UACGAAGGAGAAGGGUCUCCGCUGCUCCGCCCAUCGCUCGCUCUUCGCCGUCGCCGGAGCUAUUCGCGCCGCCUUCUUCCGGACGCCCAUAAGAGCUAUCCAUUGAAGAACAGAGAGGGAGAGAGAAAGAGAGAGAUUAGCUGUUGCCAAAUCGGCUGCUCUCAAUUGCCAAAUACUAGAGUGUGCUCAAGAGUACAUGGAGGUAGAAGGGACUGUGCAGGGAUAUAUUGAGGAAUCUGAGGUUGAGAAAGGGCCAUCAAAGAAGUGCAGCAUGGAUGCUCAUUCACCUUCUGCGAAUGGCUGCUUCGAUUGCAACAUUUGUCUGGACUCUGCAGCUGAACCAGUUGUCACCCUUUGUGGCCACCUCUACUGCUGGCCCUGCAUCUACAAGUGGCUGCUGGUCCAGAUUACUUCCCUUCAGCAGUGCCCUGUCUGCAAGGCCCCGCUUUCGGAGGAUACCCUUGUCCCACUCUAUGGCCGGGGUCUCAGUACCAAAGAAGGAUCUCAGCAGAGCCUCAACAUCCCCCAUCGGCGCUCCAUUUACCGGGGUCAUGCUCUGACUGCUUCAGUAAUUGAUCCCCAGUCCCCUCGUGAUCAUGAGGAGGAAUAUUUUGAUAUCCAUCCACUGAUGCCCCAGCCACAACUUCCGCAUCACCAUCGCCACCAACGAUACCAUCCUUACUAUAGUGGUCUUGGUAACAGUUUCAUGUCAGCACCUUCAUCGCUGCUGGCAGCACCAGUCUUCCAUUCGACUGCAGGUGGUGUGCUCUUGGAGUUAGCUGCUGCUGUCUUUCCAUGGAUGUUUAGGAAUCAUGAGGCUGGACUGUAUCACGGGAGCUGCCCGUAUGAUUUAACAGCAAGCACGAACAGUCCUAGGCUGAGGAGGCAGCAGAUGCAGGUGGAGAGCUCGCUGCACGAGUUAUGGCUCUUCCUGUUCUGCUGUGCAGCUCUAUUCCUGUUCUUGUUAUGAAGGACUACAAGCCCCCAUACUUCAUCUAUGGGGAUAAAGACUGGCAUCUAAAAGUUGGGCCAAAGCAUUUCUGGAGAAGGUAAUAAUUAGUUGUUGCAAGAGGAGGCACAUUGGUAGUGAGACGUUGGAGCCGGAGUCAACUUCAUGUCCCCUUGACAAAUCACAGUUUGUAUUGCCAGAAUAUGUAAAUAUACAACCCAAUCCUUGUUACCUGUAUCGUUGUGAAAUAUCGAUGUAAAGGUUUCGCUCACUCGCAGUCCGCAGUUUGUAUUCUAAGCCAGAAUAUGUAAAUAUACAAUCCAGUCCUUGUUACUAAAGGUUUUGCUCACUCCUAAGUCUCUGGGAACUUUGUUGUCAACAUUGCAUUUACUGUUGGAAAUUGGUUUAGGAUUUGAUGAGGAA